UUAUGGGCGGGAUGCGAGUGUGACACGGCGCGCUGUGAUUGGCCAGCCUGGCUGUGUCCGGUACACGUGGGCUGAGAGCUACCGGAGCCGGGAUGCAGGACAUACAGAAUGUGCCGAUUGAUAUACAGACGAGCCGGCUACUUGAUUGGCUAGUGGACCGGCGCCACUGUACCCUAAAAUGGCAAAGCAAAGUAUUACAGAUUAGAGAGAAGAUCAACCAAGCCUUGCAGGACAUGCCAGAGCAUGAUGAGAUCCGGGGUCUGCUCUCUGGGACAUAUAUUAAUUACUUCCACUGUCUGAAGAUUGUGGAGAUCCUGAAAGGAACCGAAGCCGCAACCAGGAAUCUGUUCGGGAGAUAUUCGUCUCAGAGAAUGAAGGACUGGCAGGAGGUGGUGUCUCUGUACCAGGCUGACAAUACUUACCUGGGGGAGUCGGCCAGUCUCCUGAUGCGCAGUGUGAGCUAUGAGAUCCCAGCUCUGAGGAAGCAAAUGUCUCGCUGUGAGCAACUGGCUCUGGAGAGUGAGCGCAGGGCGGAAGAAUGCUUGCACGGAGCAGCAGAACAGCGAGAACAAUAUUAUAACAGCUGCAAAAACUAUGGGAUCAGUGGUGAGGAUAUACAAAAAGAGUUGCUGGCAUUGGUUUGCGAUGUUCCUUCUGUCCUGAGGCAGAUCGGUGCCGACUCAGCAGGGCUGUUGCCUGCAAUCCAGCUGUACCAGGCCUGUGUGGCCUUUGUCUGUGACAGCUCUCCUGAAGAGGCCCUUCCUCUCCUCCGGCAUGUACAGAAAAGUGGGGACACCACCAUCUAUGAGUGGCGCGUAGGGAAGGCACCAGAGAGAGUAGAGCGACCUGGGAAAGAGGAGCAAGAGACCCCAAAAUGCCUAGAGGAUGAAGAGAUCAACUGGGGAGAUUUUGAGGUGCAACCAUCGGCAACUGCUGAAACAGAAGCAGGGCUUGACAGUACGGGGGAUAUUGACUGGGGCAUCUCCGUAGAGCCAGAGGCUGCAGAAGGGGACGGCAUAAACUGGGACAUAGGGGAGGAGCCUGCUGCAAUGAUCACUGUGCUCGAGACUGGAACUGAUGUCCCCUCAGGUGUUGCUCGUGGUGUAGAUGCUCUGUCGGUCCUUGAAAACACAGACACAAGAAAUCAGUUUGUGGAUGAAUUAAUGGAGUUGGAGUUGUUCCUGUGCCAGUGGCAACAGAGCAUGGACUGCGACACAGACAUUGUCACCGUAACACAGUUCCAGACAGCCCCAUCUAUCCUGCAAGCACAGACUCAGGAGAAAGUGCUUGCUAUGUUAUCUGUUGUACGGGGCCUGAUUAACCGACUGACCGACACACGGAUGCGCCAGCUGUUCCUUAUUCUGGCAUCUCCCAGAUAUGUGGACCGUGUGACGGAUCAUCUGCGCCAGCGCCUGCGGCAAGCACAACUGCUGGAGAGGAAGAGUGAGUCUUGGGUGGAGAGAGGCAGGGCAGCGCAGGAAGAGAGACAGAGUCUGGAGCCCAGACUGUCCCUACUACAGGAGAGAAGCCGGGAGCUAAAGAAGCAGGUGAGCAGGCAAUACAGUAAAUCGCCUGUGGGAAGGCAAACGUGUUGUUUUGUUUUCCAAAGUCAUGCAGAGUUUCCUUCUGCAGGAGAUUUAACCGCGGGCGACUUGCCCAAAGAGUCCUGAGCAGAAACCCUUAAAGAUAUAGGCCUACCUCUCUCUGUUCUUUAUGUUUUGCAGAUUGAAGCAGACCUAUCCAAGAGAUACAACAACCGCCCUGUCAAUCUCAUUGGCACAGGCCUCUGACGUUUAUGAACUCCAAUUAAAAAAAAAGCAUUA